AUUAAACUUUUCCAUGCUGCCAAUUGUUUGGCUCUAGUAUCUGUAUGAGGUUGAAGGCUGUAAACAAAUAUUUCCUUACUAUGCUAAUGUCGAAUGAUGUCGAAGUCGGUGAAAGAUUGACAAUGUUGGCAUCCUACGUUUACUCCUCGGUGGUGCGAUUUGAUUUAAAAAUGAUCAAUUUACAUUAAAAUCCUUUGAGAUGGCAGCACACCAAGCUGAAAUUGCGCAAUAGACUUCCGGGACUAUGUAGUAGACAGUUAUAGGUGAAACAUGAGUCUACGUAGAGUGAAAACAGUUUAAUUUAUAAACAAAAUUUUUGAAAAGUAUCGUGAAUAAACGUAGGUCGCGUGUAGAACACGUAUAACAUUGCAAAAUGGGUGUACCAGCAUUCUUUCGAUGGUUGAGCCGGAAGUACCCUUCUGUAAUCGUCGAAUGCAUCGAGCAAAAGUCAAUAACCGCGAACGGUGUACGGGUACCUGUAAAUUCGGUAGAUCCAAAUCCGAAUGGGGUAGAAUUUGACAAUCUGUACCUCGACAUGAAUGGUAUUAUACAUCCUUGUACUCACCCGGAAGACAAGCCAGCACCAAAAAAUGAGGAUGAGAUGAUGGAAGCUAUUUUCGAAUGUAUUGACCGAUUGUUUCGCAUUGUAAGGCCAAGGAAAUUGCUGUAUAUGGCAAUUGAUGGAGUUGCACCUAGAGCAAAGAUGAACCAGCAAAGAUCGAGAAGAUUCAGAGCUUCAAAAGAGACAAGCGAAAAAAUUAAUGAGAUAAAGAGAAUACGUUCUGAAUUGACUCAGAAAGGAGCUUCUUUGCCACCAGAAAAAGCGAAGGAAGAUCAUUUUGAUAGCAACUGCAUCACACCAGGCACACCAUUCAUGGCAAGAUUGUCAAAGUGUCUGCAUUACUAUAUACACGAGCGGUUGAAUAACGAUCCUGGCUGGAGAAACAUAAAAGUAAUUUUAAGCGAUGCGAACGUGCCAGGGGAAGGAGAACAUAAAAUAAUGGAUUUUAUACGUAGACAAAGAGCACAACCUGAUCAUGACCCUAACACGCAACACGUUUUAUGUGGGGCUGACGCUGACUUGAUUAUGCUUGGUCUCGCAACGCACGAACCUAAUUUCACUAUCAUUCGGGAAGAAUUCAAGCCGAAUAAACCAAAGCCUUGCGAUAUAUGUGGUCAGUUAGGUCACGAAAUGAAGGAGUGCACUGGUUCGGAGCCUAAUCAAAGAGAAGAGGAGAACGUCUUUGGAUCUGAAUGCCAGUUCAUAUUCGUGAGAUUAAACGUACUCAGAGAAUAUUUGGAGAGAGAGCUGCAAAUGCCCAAUCUACCGUUUAAAUACGAUUUCGAGCGAGUGAUCGACGACUGGGUGUUCAUGUGCUUCUUUGUAGGAAACGAUUUCCUCCCGCACCUCCCAUCUUUAGAGAUCAGGGAAGGGGCGAUCGAUAGAUUAGUUAAUCUGUACAAGAAAACGGUUUAUAAGACAGGGGGAUUCUUGACCGAUAGCGGAGAUGUAAAUUUGGAUAGAGUUCAGAUGAUACUCUCUGAGUUAGGCGAAGUUGAGGACGAAAUUUUCAAGAAGAGACAACAGAACGAACUGGCUUUCAAGCAACGUGAAAAGGACAAAAAGAGGCGAUUGCUGGGGAUCAGUAAUAACAGACCAAAGUGGAUACCCACGGGACAAUUUGCACCUAUGCGUCUUGGUGAACGCGUGAAACCUGUAGAAAACGCGCGCUACGAAGCUUACCAGAUGCGUGUUCAUGGCCGAGAUUAUCACACGAGUUCGAAAGGAAAUGCAAAUGAGAAGUUAGAGAGCAUGAUGCGCCCUGAGUUGUCUUCGACUGAAGAUCGUAAACGUAAAGUGGAAGAAGAUGUCGUAGUUGUACCGGAAGAAGAAGAAGAUGAUGAUCAAGCGCAUGACGAAGUUAGAUUAUGGGAAGAUGGGUUUAAAGAUCGUUACUACGAAUCGAAGUUCGAUGUCUGUCCCGAUAAUUUAGUGUUCAGGAAUAACGUGGCGUUGCAAUACGUGCGAGGUUUAUGCUGGGUUCUACGUUAUUACUAUCAAGGCUGUGCUUCGUGGAAAUGGUAUUUCCCGUAUCACUACGCUCCGUUCGCUAGCGACUUCAUCAACAUUGGCGGUCUCUCGACGGAGUUUGAGAAAGGAACUAUACCGUUCCGUCCAUUAGAGCAAUUGAUGGGAGUAUUUCCAGCGGCUAGCAGCAAGCAUGUGCCUGCGCCGUGGGCGAAAUUAAUGAGCGAUCCGAAAUCGCCAAUUAUCGACUUUUACCCGGAAGACUUCAAGAUCGAUUUAAACGGUAAAAAGUUCGCUUGGCAAGGUGUAGCCUUACUGCCCUUCGUAGAUGAGAGACGACUUUUCAAGGCCCUGGCGCCGUAUUACGACUCCUUGACAGAAGCAGAAAAGAAACGAAACGUUCGUGGUGACGAUCGACUAUACGUUGGACUCGGCAACAGUGGUUACAAUUUUGUAAAGGGACUUUAUACAAAUCGCAUGGAAUUCGAUGUGGAAACUCCGAUAUCUAUAGAAGGCAUGCGAGGCACAGUUUUAUUAGCAGAAGACUGUGUCGAGGAAGGAGCUACUUUACCUUCGCCGAUAAACGGACUGCCAGUUAGAAACAACAAAGUGUACUCUAUCAGAUUCCGGGAUCCGAAGUAUGACAACAAUUUCAUCUUCCCCGCGAGGAAGUUAAAGGGAGCGAGGGAACCGACGAGAGUCCUGAAACCAGAAGACUUCGACCAGAGGAAUCACAAUACUGGAAAUACCUGGAAACCGCAAAUCGGUUUCACCCCAUCCACGCAAGUAGCUUCCCUGAGCGACGCCGGCCGGAGAAUACUCGGACAUUUCACAAACCAUAACAGAGUGCCACCCCCAUAUCCUGCCAACCCCGUGCCGAUGCAAGCGAUGUACCAAUCUCAUCACGGUUAUCAGAGCACUGGUUACCAUCAAGGAGGAUAUGAGAGCGCCGGGUCUAGCCAGGCUAUGGUGCCCGGACCGUGGUCAAGAGGAUAUGGCAUGCCUCAAAGUUAUCAACAUUACCCGGAAUACCAGCAGAGGAACAAUUACAGCGCCCAACCGUACGGACGUAAUUACCAGAAUGUGCAGUACGGUAGCUACGGGUCGCAGUACGAUCAGCAUAGGAAUUAUUCUUCUAAUCGGCAAGGGAAUAACGGUGGAAAUGGCGGGAACAGGGGUGGAGGGUGGAGACGGUAGAUCCACUUUUUCCAUGGAUCAAUGCCAUCACAGGUUUUGGGUAUUUUUAAGUUAGGCUUAGGAAAGAUUCGUGUUUUCAGUUUUGAAACUGUGAAACUUGUUUUAUUGGAAACAAAUACUGUUUUCUUUAUUUCUAUAUCUAUCUCGUUUAGAUAUCUGCGAACGCGUCAUUCCAGCAGAUUUAUUUUUCUCCACGCGUUCACGUAGAGAUUCACAGAAUUUAAGCUGACGAUUAAUGCAUAUAAAUUCUUCUUGUAUUGUCGAAUUGGAUAUAUGAUACAUGCAUAAUACGACCUGUGAUGGUUUAAUUAAGAAAUUUAAUUUUCUAUGAACUUAUAAGAAAGAAAAUUUGUACAACAAAACAUCGAGUAAUUAUUGAAGUGCAAUUGGUCGAUGGGAAUUCGUUUGAAACAAUUAUACUUUAAUUUUCCUCGAUGUGAAUAUUGAAUUGAUCUCAGAAUUGAUCAAUUGUACAUUGUACAUUUUUAGCGCGUAAUUAAUUUGCAAUUCGAUUGCUGAUCGCAAUAUAUGAAAGAAUUAAUUAUUUAGUUGGUCAAAACUUGUUUCCCGACACUGUCGGUGUACAAAAAUGGAUACGCAUUCUGUUCAUUACGAGUAUACUUCAAUCUAUCUCGUAAACAUUUUUGUAUUUUACGCACUUGGAAAAAAAAAUAUAUGGACGUAUACGUGA